AAUUCCUGUUGCACAGGAAGCACGUAACAUAAACUCGGUUUGUGGUGUUCAUGUGAUUCGGAGGUGUCGGUACUUAUUUACAUCAAGAAGGUUCGUCAUUCUUGUUAUUUGAUAGCAGAAACCACAUUUCUUGUAUGGCAUGUCAUGAAAGGAUGGAAGAUGAUUCUGGCAAAUAUGAGAGGAUUGUUCAUAAAAAUGGAUCCAGUUACCACUAUUUGAAAAUAUCUCUAGAAUUUGAAGAGGACACCAGCAUUAGGCUUAAUUCUGCUCAGUUCAAACAGUUAAUUAUUUCAUCCCUGAAACAGCUUUUUGGUGAGAUUGGAGCAGCUUUACCUUUUGAUGUAUUACAGUUUGAGGAAAAUACUUUGUCAGCUGUUCUUCGAGUGUACAACAGGGAUCUUGUUAAAGUGUGGAGUGCCCUUACACUGUUGGGGUCCUACCAGAGUGAAAUGUGUGCAUUUCGAGUGCAACAGGUUUCACCAUUUCUACUAGCAUUGUGUGGCAACAGCAGAACACUGAAACUCGAAUAAGUUCAAAUGAUGUUUACAUGUAACAUGCAGUUUUGUAGUAGAGAUACAUUCUUCAUUUUCUCUCAACACCUGUUAAAGAUGUUUCAGCUGCAUCGUGGUUUUAUAUUCGGAUUUCCUGUUAGGAACAUUGACUGCAGACCUGUUCAUGUUGGAGCCAAAGCGGAACUUAGAAAAGUGUUUACUAAAUCUGAUGUUACAACAUUUUCUGAGUUAACUGGAGAUGCAAAUCCACUCCACCUCAAUGAAGAAUAUGCUAAAAGUACAUUGUUCAAAAGGCCCAUUGUUCAUGGAAUGUUAAUUAAUGGAUUGGUUUCUGCAGUUUUGGGGACAAAAAUGCCCGGAGCUGGAUGUAUAUUCCUCUCUCAACAAAUCCGUUUCUCUGCACCAUUGUAUAUUGGAGAAGAGGUCUUGGCAACAGUGGAAGUGAUAAAAAUCAGAAAAAAUAUUGCAUGGGUUUCUGUUGCAUGUUCUGCAGAAGACAAAGUUGUUAUGGAAGGAAAGGUUCAGGUAAUGUUACCUGAGGUUCAUAAAAUCAAUAACAAGGCUGAGUUGUAGCUAACAGUGAGUUCUGCACAUAGUCUAACAGUAAUAUUUGAAAUCAGUGUCGUAUUGUGUUAUGUGGGUUAAAAUGAUUAUAGUGUUAACCAACAAUGUUGAAAAAUGUAUUUUUAAAUAAAAAAAAUACCUAAAAAGGAAGUGGGGAAAAGUGGAAAUGUAGAUUCAGUUCUAUUGAAAUUUAUUGUGCCAAAAGGGAACUUUCAUUCUCAGCUGGUUUUACAGGCAGCGUUAACAACAAAACAUUAAAAACACAAAAUUUAUAACAGAAACAUUGUACAAGUAAAUACAAGUAUAGCAGUAAACAUAAUAUGUAUGGUAUAACAUUAAAUCAUACAUAUGAAAUUAAGACUUGACUAAUGAUUAAUGCAAAUGAUAACUAUUCAUUCUAUGAUUCAAGUCUGCGGACGUUUAUUACAGUUGAACGUAUUCAGAAGAUUAACAGCAGAUAGGACUUGAAUCGUGGAAUCUUGACCCUGUGACCUGAUGGCAACAACUGGAAUUGAGAAAGUAGUGGGCGAGUCCUGUCUGAGAAAGCACACUCUGUUUCUGUGAUACUUUUUUUAAUCAGGUUUGUCAGAUUUUUUUAGGGUCUGUUAUUUUACUGCUCUAUUUUACAAUGUGAUGUACUCUGUUUUUGUUGUUGACAUCCAAACCAGGUCAGCAGAAUAUGAGUAAAGAUAAACUCAAUACAAGAUGUAUAAAAGACUGAAAUAAUGGUACGAGUCAUAGUUAAGACUCCACUUUCUUAGACAAUAGAGGCGCUUUCUACCUUUUUUACAGGUACAUUUCAUUAAAAGUCAGUUUUAAGUCUAUGAUUGUCAUCAGCUAUUUAUAACAUUCAAUAGUCUCCACUGUCUUGUCUUUGAUAAUUGUUUCUUGUGGGUGAAUGGUUUUUCUUCCAAAAUGAAUUAUUAGUUCCUUAGCUCUUGUAAUGUUUUAGUCACAC